CUCGCAGUCGUCGUCAAAGUCUUUGGCUUGACGACGGCACCUUGAGGCCGUGGAGAGAAGCGGCGAUCAAGUCACGCGACGGCAGAAAACGGAAAACAAAGACAGCUGAAUGAAUGUGCAUAGCCCGUAUUAUUUACCGCCGACAGAUGACGCAUCGACGGUGUGGUCCACACGCGAAAUCUUUGAAAAGAAACGCUGUUCCCAUCCCAACCGAGACACCCUCACUUGCCAACGUGCUCGCCCGGCAACACUUGACCCACACUCCUGGUGUGUUUUGCCACCGCAGCUUUUUGCCACGCAACAAGCCGCCGCCCUUUAACACUAGCCUAAAGUGGCGCAGCGGCAACGCACCACAGCCAGUCAGCCAUGCAGCCACACACGCUCAAGCGCACCAUCUCAAAGUGUUCCAUGGAUGGGGACUCGCCCGACUCCGCCGCCUGCAAAAAGUUCUCGUCGGGGCUGGACAACGAGCCCGUGCUGCUGCCGCGCGAGCAGCGCGCACCCAGCUUCCCGCCGCUCGACGAGGACGAGCCUGAGGUGUCCCCCAUUUGGGGCGACGCGGCCGCCUACGUGCUACCGUCCAAGAUUGGCUCGGACUUUGAGGCCGUUAACGUGGCAGCAGUGGCGCCCAUCCAGGCGCCGGCGGACAGCAACAACAGGGACGAGAUCUCGGCCGCCGGGAUGCUGGCCGCAGUGCUCGACUACCUGCGCGACGUGGCGAGCUACUGCAACCGCGCAGUGAACUUGAGUUUUGCACAGCUUCGCCAAAUGUUGCAGUCCAUCCCCUUCGCGGUGGGGCAAAUGCAAAGCGUGGUUAAGGCGAGAUUGGAACUUUCCUGGCCGCUUGUGGCCGCCUUUGUACAAAAUGUUACGGGGUUUAUCAGUGACGAGGACAUCCGCGACGCGUCGGUGGGCGAGCUCGCUGCUUUUUUGCAAACGUGCCAGACCGACUACCCCAUAGUGGCCGCACCCGGCAACAUUUGCGCCAACCUGUUCGAAUUUUUCCACGAAGUGCUAACCCAGUUCAAGCAAUUUCUGACCAAGCGGUGGCUGCAAAUUGGCAAAAUCAGUUUCCCCUGCGAAUUCGGCAAAAAAUCGGAUUCGCUUUUCCUCUGCAUGGAAUGCCAUCGCGAGCACAUGUAGAAGUUUAACCACUGGGCAACGGUUUAUAAGAGUCGAUCAAGUGCAGAGGACACAAAAGAGAGAGAGGCCAAGCAGUGCGCUGCCUCUUUUUUUCUCUUCUCAAAUUGUAGCACCUACCGAAGGUUUCAAGGUGGAGUAUCAGGGAUCAUGUACACAACGUGGAUGUGAAGGGGGUUUAAGUUAGUUAGUGUGACUCGGGCAGGUGUCAAGUCUAGUUGCCUUCUCUUUUGCUAAUAUCAUAACAUAAUUUAUUCAUGACUGUAAAAUGUCGAGUUGC